CUUUGUUGUGCGAGGGCCUUUGGAAGAAGGCGUGCUUCAUGGCGGUCACAGGGGUUUCGAAUUUGUUGAGUUGUUAAAGCUUCCCCAUCAGUCCUCUACCCCUUGGGGGCUUUCCUGCCUCAGUCUGGUGGACCCGACGUUGCGUAGGGAGGUGAAGCUCUGACGAUGGAGAAUGGACAGGGCACAGGCUCAAAGCUCGGCCUGCCGCCUCUCACCCCGGAGCAGCAGGAGGCGCUUCAGAGGGCAAAGAAAUAUGCCAUGGAACAGAGUAUUAAGAGUGUGUUGGUUAAGCAGACCAUUGCCCAUCAGCAACAACAGCUUACCAACCUACAGAUGGCAGCAGUGACAAUGGGCUUUGGAGAUCCUCUCUCACCUUUACAAUCGGUGGCAGCUCAGCGACAGCGUGCACUAGCCAUCAUGUGUCGAGUGUAUGUGGGCUCCAUAUACUAUGAGCUUGGUGAGGACACCAUCAGACAGGCCUUUGCCCCCUUCGGCCCAAUCAAGAGUAUUGACAUGUCUUGGGAUUCUGUUACGAUGAAGCACAAGGGAUUUGCCUUUGUGGAGUAUGACGUGCCAGAGGCCGCACAGCUGGCUCUGGAGCAGAUGAACUCAGUCAUGCUAGGGGGGCGGAACAUUAAGGUUGGGCGGCCAAGUAACAUCGGUCAGGCGCAACCCAUCAUUGACCAGCUGGCAGAGGAGGCACGCGCCUUCAACCGAAUCUAUGUGGCAUCCGUCCACCCGGACCUCUCAGAUGAGGACAUCAAGAGUGUAUUUGAGGCCUUUGGAAGGAUCAAGUCCUGCACAUUAGCCAGAGACCCUACCACAGGACGACACAGGAGCUUUGGCUUCAUUGAGUAUGAGAAGCCACAGUCAGCCCUGGAUGCUGUGUCUUCUAUGAACCUCUUUGACCUGGGGGGUCAGUACCUGCGAGUGGGUAAAGCUGUGACCCCACCCAUGCCUCUGCUGACCCCCACAACCCCUGGUGGGCUGCCGCCUGCAGCGGCUGUAGCCGCAGCGGCAGCUACCGCUAAGAUAACGGCCCAGGCAAGUAUGAAUCCCUUCCAAAGGGAUCUAAUGGCCUUCCAGGAGGCUGUAGCCGGGGCAUCAGUCCUGGGGGCGUUAGCUGCGCCCCAACUUCUUGGUCAGCAAAUGGGUAUACCUCAGGCUGUCAUGGCUGCCCAGGCACCAGGGGUCAUUACAGGUGUGACUCCAGUGCGGCCUCCAAUGCCAGUACUUCCCCAGGUGGGCCUUGUGAACCCUGUGCUGGCAUCGCCACCAGUCCUGUCUAAUCAAGCAAUGGCUGGAGGAACCAACCAACAAGAGAAGAAAGAGGAGAAAGAGGAGAUGCUGCAGGACGGAACAGGACAGGAGAUGUUGAGCGACCAAGAACACAUGAGCAUCUCUGGCAGCAGUGCCAGACACAUGGUCAUGCAAAAACUGCUUAGGAAAUCAGAGUCCACUGUUAUGGUGCUGCGGAACAUGGUUGGACCAGAGGACAUUGAUGACGAUCUGGAAGGUGAAGUAACAGAGGAAUGUGGAAAGUUUGGUGCUGUCAACAGAGUUAUCAUAUACCAGGAGAAGCAAGGUGAAGAGGAGGAUGCAGACAUCAUUGUUAAGAUCUUUGUCGAGUUUUCCAUGGCCUCAGAGAUGAACAAAGCUAUCCAGGCCCUCAACGACCGCUGGUUUGGAGGGCGCAAAGUUGUCGCAGAGGUGUAUGACCAGGACCGUUUCAACAGCAGUGACCUCUCUGCAUAGACUGUUGGUUCACCAGCACCCAUCCCUUCCAUUUCCUAAACUCACGUAGGCCCACAGUCACUGCUAGAGAUACAGGCCUCUUUUAACUUGUACUUGUUUUUUUCUUUUUUUCUUUUCUUUUUUUUUUUCUUCUUUUUUUAAAUUGAUGUCAAUAUUGUAAGUCCCCUUGAGGGAUUGGUUGAAAACAUUGGCGUCUCAGAUUUUGCUUUGUGACUUGUGAAGACACCUUUUUUUGUAUGUUCGAAAUUUUUGUAAUCAGAUAUUGCAAAAUGUUAGCUUUGCCAUAUUUGCCAAUGGUUUUUCCUCCCAAAAUGUCAGCACAUUAAAAGUUUUUCCAAUUACUGGUUUUCUUUUGUCCACAAAAUGUGACGCAUAUUUCUUAUGGAUGGUCGAGACAUUUUGAUGAAAGAAGAGCCCAGAAAAGAUGACUCUUGUAUUUCUUAACAUAUUCCAGAGAUCAGAUUGUUCAAGAUAGGCAAAGUUAUUUGAUUAUACUGUAAAAACUUGUACUCAAUAAAACAAGGCCUUUAACCAUAA